GUGGAAGAAAAUUCUUUCCAAGCGCACUGUGUACUUAGUUUUCUGUCGCGUUUCGUUGAAACGUCGGCCAAUAUGGCGGAUAGCCGUCCUGCUAGGGGCCGUCCAAGAAGACCAGAAGGCAUCAAACGCCUAAAACUCAGGGAAUCUACAUACAAUCUGUGGAUUGAACGGAAGGAGGCCCUUGGGCUACACGGAAUUACAAAUAAUGAUUUCGCGGAGAUGCUUCUUCACCAGCAACUUAUACGAGAGCGUGAUCGAUCUCCUCACGCUCAUCCAGAUGAUACUUCACCUCAAGUGCAUCAAGGUAAAAUAUUGAAUAAUUUUUCAAAAAAAACUCUCUUUUUUUAUUAUGCCAUUAUAGCAGUUUUAGUAUUUCGCUAUUUUUUUUUUUAUACAUUCCGCAUUCUUUCGUAUUUUUUGGUAGGAAGAAGGCAGCUAUUCCUCCAGUCGACCCCGAUGGGUAAAGAAAUCAGGACUGAGAAUAUCACAGUUUCCCCUUUAUCCUUUGCUGGUGCUGCAGAAAACUCAAGUUUGAGCAAGUGAGUACGUUUAAUUUAGCGUACAGUCUACAAUCGGUAUGUUGUGUUAAAAGGAUAGGCUUGGAAACCUUGUACUAAUAUCAUACAACAAUAGUGAGUUUCUUCAUUGCUUCGUUCAUGUUUUCUUGUAUUUAGGAUUGAAGUUGAUGAGCUAGAGAAAGACCAACUGACUGGGCACAGGACUCUUUUGGAUGAGCUUUCUGAUUGGAAUCCCCUGUUUUCCUCUCUAGAGGGCAAUCCUCAUUCAGAGGCAGAGACUAUGAGUGAAGUGGAGUAAGUGUGUCUAUUUCUCUUUGCAUUUCUCGAGACAAUUUUUUUUGCUGAGAUAAAUACUCCCACUCUUAUAUCAGUUCAUAGUUAAGCUGCUUAGCAUCUGCUUUCGCCCUUGCUACCAUUAUAAUUUUUUAAGGUAGACCAUACCAAUGUCUGUAUCCUGAAAAGGGGGUGGGCAAUCAGAUAUAAUAAUGUUAGGGAUGGGCAAAACUAUUUUAAAUCUGAAUGUAUUUGUGAUCCUAAGACCCUCUUUGGGUUUUGGAAUUUUGCAGUGUAGUGGCCUUCUUUUACCGUACAGAAUGGAAUUUUAUGCAGAAAAAACAACGUUACUUGGAUCAGCAUUUUCACAUCCUGUUACUAUUACAAAUUUUUAUCACAGAAAGUUCUGUUGUACUGUUCAGUGCAUUAGCAAUAUUUUAUUUUAUUAGCUUCACCUAUUACAUGACACACAGCGAGCAAAACAAAGCUGAAUAAGUAAGCAUUCAUUAUUAGGCAAAGAUUCCACAACACAAAUAAACCAAUUACAUUGGUCCCAGAGUUUAAGAACAACAAAGAAGCUUCAUUUGAUUAAAAACAACAACAAAGAUGGAAAGACACAUUACAUGAAACAUUACAUGAUGGAUAGAUGGUAAUAAUGGUGAAUUUGUCAUUUCAGGUCUGGUGAUCAUGCUUCUGAUGCUAGUGACUCUGAGACUGCAGAUAGCUGGGACAACAGUGAUCUGUUCAGUGAGUCUGAUGAUGGCAAUAGGAGUGAAGAAGAAAUAACUUUUGAAAAUAUAGAAGUCGAUCAAACAAGGUAAAGAAUGACGUGUACUUCUUUAUUUUGCCAUGGCAAUUUGGAAAAGAGUACUUAUAAACACUAACCCAAUUUUAGUAUUUUGAAAAGAUUUUUUAAAUGUUUAUUAGGUCGGAAUGUUGAAUUUAUGAUGAUAUGUUUAUGUUAUGUUUCUGUUAUUUUUACAGCUUUUUGUCCGAACUUGACAGCGCCACAUUGACAGCCCUGGACAUUGAUCUUGAAAUGGAAAGUGCCCCCGAAGCAGUAGGAGCGCAGGCCCAGACAGAGGGUGAGCCCACAGGUCCAGCAGAGGUGCAGACAGAAGGUGAAACAUGCAGUGACUCAUCACCAAUCCUUCCUGUCUUUGGCCCAAUGACUUUGGAUGAGACCAUCAAGGAUAUGAAAUCCAGGAUAAAGCCUGCAAUUGAAGGACUGGCAGUACCUGGGGAACAACUGAAUAGGUAUCUUAAGUUGUUGAAGGCGGACAGGGUUAUUGUGGAGGUGGAAAAGAUUGUAGAGUUGCUGGAAGGAAAUUGUCCAGAAAUUGGGUGUACAGGUCAACGAAAAGUUGUAAGUAAAAAAUUGGAGGGUGGUGUGUUGCUGAUAACACACAAGUGUAGUAAUGGUCAUGGUGGUGUGUGGAGUUCUUCAUCUAUUUUGGGUGAAAAACGUGGCCAAAAAAUGUACGUGUCAUCUGUGUUGUUGGCCUCAUCAGUUCUGGUGUCAGGAAACAACUUUGAGAAAGUUGCUCUGCUAGCAAAGAGCAUGAAUUUGAAUUUUGUUUCGUCUUCCACAUUCUCAAGGGUUCAGAGUUUAUAUGCUGUACCCAGCAUCAGGGACAUGUGGGAUAAAAUGAAGGAAGUGGUUUGGAAGGUUUUUGAGAACGAUGUUCUUGUGGUUUGUGGUGAUGGAAGGAUGGAUUCCCCUGGGUUCAGUGCUAAGUACUGUGUGUAUACAAUGAUGGAGCACUACCUUAAUGUCAUUGUGGAUCUUGAGGUGGUUGACAAACGAGAAGCAGGUGGUACGUCCUCUUUAAUGGAGAAGAUGGGGUGUAAGCGACUUUUGGAGAGGAUGAUGAAUAGCCUCAAGCUUGGAGAGGUUGUGACGGAUGCAUCACGAGUCAUCAUGAAAAUGGUCAGGGAACUUAAAGGUAUUUUUAAGUUCUUAUUUUUAAUUUUUCUCGGGGCAUCUUUUUUUCUGUAACAAGUUGGAUGUGUUAAUACCAAAUUCAAAUCAACCAACCUAUUCCAACAUACAAUACUACCAUUGUUAGUUAUGAAAUAGUAAAACUGCUUUUUCUAAUAAAUUUACUCUGCUUAAAGGCUAGUUUACAGAGUGGAAUGACAGAUUUCCCUUAUAGUUUUUUUCUGGUUUCUGAAUUCAUGACAAAUUUAUUGUCUUUUCACAGUUUAAUUUGUCCUAUGUUAACACAUUUCUAAUUUGUUUAUUAUCAUUUUUGCAGAAGCAAAUUGUGAAGUGCUUGGAAACCUUUUCCACUCCCUUGACAUCUGGCAUAAAUCUAUAAAGCUGACUGCCAAGAUAACCACUGUAUGUAGAUUCUGAUUUAUUACUUGUACAUAAUCCCUCAGAACUGAUUUAGUCCAUUUUGUGUUGUGCUUAACUAUAUUUUGUAUUCCUAUCUCUUAAUAUUUCAACAGACUUGACUGCCAAUGUGCUUCCUUUUUUAUAGGCUGGGAAGAUUAAGGGCUGUGAACAACUGUUACAGUGGGUUGAACCUGUGAGGAACCAUUUCUGGCAUUGUGCAGAAACUUGUGAUGGAGAUGUUGAAGAGCUGAAGGUAUAAGUCUUACAAUUAUUUGUUUUGACUGUUUGAAACUGGAUUGCUCCUGGUGACAUUUAAAAUCAAAACAAUUUUUAUGAUUUAUUAAGGAUAUGUGGCUGGGAAUCCUACAUCAUGUUUGUGGAGAACAUGAGUGGGAUGGCGGGAUGUGUUCCCAUGGACCACUCACAGAAAUAGAAGGUGGAAAAGAAUACCUCCCUAUGACUUCCAAGGCUGCCAAGGAACUCCGAAAGAUUGUUUUAGACCGGGAGUGGCUGAAAAGUCUAGAGCAUUAUGUCAGGUUCAGGUAUGUAUUUUUUAGGAUCUCUGGUUUUAAUCACUCUUUCUUGAAACUCUAUCAGUUGUGUCCUCAACCAGCUACAAUGUUUAUAACAACUUACACUUUAUUUGGACUGAGGCAAUAAAAAUUAAUUUUUUACCCAUUUUCCUGUUGCCCUUAACUUUUUCUUCCUAGAGGUUUUUUGGUUACUGGAGAGGUGCAUAACAAAGGCCAAAUAUGACCUCUGACCUUUUGUCAAAUUUCCCUCUCUUGCUAAAAUAUUGUAAGCAAGUUGAAAUUAUUUUCAAGCUUUGAACUAGUAGGUUUUGUGGGGGCUAGAUGGACAGGACUUACAGGGAAUCUGGAUGGUCUUUACUUAGUUAAAUCAUUUUUUUAGGCAUACAAGCAAUUUGGAAAACUUCAAUUCCAUGCUUCUAAAGUAUGCACCAAAGAGGAUUGCCUUUGCGUAAGUACAUUUCACUAUUAAUUAGACAGUGCAUGCUUUACCAGACAAUAUUAAAUGGUGACAUUUUCAGAUGCUAUUGCCCUCCUUAAGUAUUAAUAAAUGGGUUGUAAUAUCAUGUUUUAGGUAUGAAGUUUUUACUGGACGGAUUUUGCUCGCAGCUCUUGACCACAAUUUUCAUGUUUUCCGAAAGACACUGGAAGGCCGGUUUAAGAAAAUUUAUUCUAAAAGAUCAGGUAACUGGCGGGUGGAACCAGUGAAGGAGUCAAAGCAAUAUCCUCACAUGUCUCUGCUCCAGGCAGACAUCUUAAGACGCCGCAGUGAAGACACAGAAGCUGUUACCAGACACAUUGAAGUUUCCCCUGCAAAUCCUGUCCAUCUGGCUCCAACAAUAGCCAUGAAAAGGGCCCCUUCGACUGAGGAGCUGGUCAAAGCCAAAUUAUCACGAUUUCAAAUGGAAAAGAAAUCACAAUAG